AUGCGGCCAUCGCCCAUGGCGGCGAGGGCGGCGAGCGGGUGCUCCUCGGCGGCGCUGGCCUUCUUCCGCCUCCGCCCGCUCGCCCGCGCCGCCCGCCUGGCCCCCGCGGGCCGCUCCGCGUUCGGUGCCACUGCCGCCUGCCGGGGCCGCCUCGUCGACUCCGUCCUCCAGGAGCUCCGGUCCCGCAGGCGGGUCCGGGUCUCCGCAAGGAUAGGAUUGCAGGGCACAAAGGAACUGUCGGAUAGUAAGAUAGAGAAGAGAACAAUACAAAAAGGAUUGCUGCUUGAAUUUCACAAAGAUUCUGAGAGAUCCUUGCUCGCUGUUGUCGAAAGGCCUGAUGGGAAGAAAAACUGGGUAGUCACUGACCAGAAUGGUAUCUUAUCUUCUAUAAAGCCCCAGCAGGUGACAUAUGUUGUACCUGGUACCAUGGAUUUUGAUUGUUCAAGAAUAGCUGAAUUUCUCGAGAAAGCGCAAGAUCUCUUGGACCCUACUAUCUUGGAAUGUGCCUGGAUGGAGCUUUCUGAGAAGGACAAAUCAGUAACUGUUGAGGAGUUUGCUGAUAUAGUUUAUGGCAGCAAGGAGUCUCUGGAAAGCUACUGUGCACACUUUUUGUUGUCACGGGAUAUUGUGUAUUUUGUGAAGGUGGAGAGCAGAGGUUCUUCCAUAUACCAGCCUCGCCCAUCUGCUCAGGUGGAUGAACUUUUACGACGGAAGCUUGCUAAAGAGGCCGCCGAUAAGGAACUGGAAGAAUUUGUCCACCUACUCAAGUCCGCUAAAGCAUUGCCUCUAGGCUCUAAGCCUCCAAAAAAUUCAUGGUUGAUGGAAGAGAAAGUGAAACAAAAAAUCGAGUCUCUUCAGGCAUAUGCAGUUGAUGCGUGUAAUGAUGAACAAAGAAGAAUGGCGGGAAAUAUUCUGAAGGCUAUGGGUUUUGCACGGACGUCAUCAGCUGCCCUAAAGCUCCUUAUAAAUGUGGGUUACUUCCCCGUGCAUGUCAAUCUUGAUCUUUUCAGGUAUGAUGUUCAAACCACGUAUACCGAGAAAGUUUUGUCUGUUGCUGAGGAGCUUCUGGUGGAUUGUCCUGAUUUAGAUAAGCAUGUCAGGAAGGAUCUUCCAAAUUUGAGAGUGUAUGCCAUUGAUGUGGAUGAGGCUGAUGAACUUGAUGAUGCAUUAAGUGCAACUAGACUACCUGAUGGUAGGAUAAAGGUCUGGAUACAUGUAGCUGACCCAACAUGCUUUCUUCAACCCCGGAGCAUCCUUGACAGGGAAGCAAUGCACAGAGGAACCUCCAUAUUUUUACCAACUGCCACCUUUCCGAUGUUCCCAGAGAGGCUUGCCAUGAAUGCUAUGAGUUUGCAACAGGGUACAGAUUGUAGAUCUGUAAGCGUAUCUGUGAUUUUGCAUCCAGAUGGAAGUAUUGCAGAAUAUUCGAUAGAGAACUCAGUAAUCAAACCUACCUACAUGUUAACAUAUGAGGGUGCAACUGAAUUGCUGUACAUGAAUCUGGAAGAAGAGGAAGACCUGAGGAUUCUUCAAGAAGCUGCUUCAAUUCGUGCACAAUGGCGUCGUAGCCAGGGUUCAAUCGACACUGCUAUGAUAGAACCUCGUAUCAAGGUGGCAAAUCCUGAUGAUCCUGAACCAAACAUUAAUUUAUAUGUCGAAGAUCAAACCAACCCAGCAAUGCAGCUUGUAUCUGAGAUGAUGAUACUGUGUGGGGAGGCGGUGGCUGCGUUUGGUUCUGACAACAACAUUCCUUUGCCAUACAGAGGGCAUCCCCAGUCUAAUACAGCUGUGUCAGCAUUUGCCUAUCUGCCUGAAGGGCCUGCCAGGAGCGUUGCCAAUAUCAGUGUGCUUCGUGCUGCAGAAAUGGAUUUUCGGAAACCUGUAGCACACGGUGUCCUCGGAAUUCCUGGCUAUGUACAGUUCACCUCCCCUAUUCGAAGAUAUGUCGACCUGCUUGCUCAUUAUCAGGUAAAGGCUUUUCUUAGAGGUGAAUCUCCACCAUAUUCAGCUGGUGAUCUGGAAGGGAUGACAUUUAUUGCGAGCAUGCAUGUUAAAGUAGCUAGGAAGCUCCAUAGCAACAGCUUACGUUACUGGUUGCUGGAGUACUUAAGGAGGCAGCCAAAGGGGAGGAAGUAUAGAGCACUCAUACUUAAGUUCAUCAAGGAUCGCAUGGCAACAUUGCUUUUGGUGGAUGUCGGGAUUCAGGUCACAACCGUGGUUGCAGCCGGGAAAGUGGGAGAUGAAGCGAGUGUCGUUGUGGAAAUGGUUCAUCCCCGCGACGACAUCUUAUCAGUUACGGAAAUUGCACAAGACACGGAGGAGUAA